GUGCGUACAAAGCCCUCUCAGUGCCCCAUCUCUACUGUAUUCUGAUCUGUGCCUUUGUGCAACAUAACGACGCGACCCCGAUGGCCUCGUAGCAGCCCUAAUAUCUAAGUGCUAGUUCGGGAACAGGCUCACCCUGUUCACACACACGCCCACGGCUCGUCUCCAAAUGCGUCCUGCGCUGGCUGGUAGAGCGGUGGAGAUGCUGUCCGGUGCUACCUGCAGGGUUAGGCCGAGGCUCGGCAGCCUCUUGCUGGCCCCCACCACCCAAACAGUGGCGCUGAUGUCAGACACGGAGAACCGGAGGUUUCGGUCCACGUCCUCGAUGCAGGGGUUUUCGGAGUUGGCCAGAGAGCGGUCGAAGACGGUCACGUCGUUUUACAACCAGUCGGCAAUUGACGUUUCGGCAGAGAAGGCCUCUGUGCGUCUGACUUUAGCAACGCUGCUGUAUUCUGGGAAAUCUGCUGACGGACACCACAUACUGAGCAGUGGCAAGUACCUACACAAAGAGCUGCCUGUGCGGAUCGCCCAUCGGAUCAAAGGUUUCAGGAGUCUGCCCUUCAUCAUCGGCUGUAACCCCACCAUUCUGCAAGUGCAUGAACUCUAUAUCCGAGCCUACCACAUGCUGAGUGAGUUUCCCCAGAUAACGGAUCAGGAGGUGGAUGUCCGGUUCUGUAAGCUGGUGCAGCAGCUGCUGGAUGACCACAAAGAUGUGGUCACCAUGCUGGCCCAGGGCUUCAGAGAGUGCCGCAGACACAUCGAGGAUGAGACAAUCAUCCGUAACUUCCUGGAUACAACGUUGUGCUCACGUUUGGGAAUCAGAAUGUUGGCCACUCACCACCUCGCCCUCCACGAAGAAAACCCGGAUUUUGUUGGGAUCAUAUGCAGGCGCCUCUCUCCCAAAAAGAUCAUAGAGAAGUGGGUGGACUUUGCCAGACGUUUGUGUGAGCACCAGUACGGUAACUCUCCCAGGGUCCGGAUUAACGGACACGUGGCCGCUCGCUUCCCUUUCAUCCCUCUACCUCUGGAUUACAUCCUGCCCGAGCUCCUCAAGAAUGCCAUGAGGGCCACAAUGGAAAGCCAUCUGGACACCCCAUACAACGUACCUGAUGUGGUUGUCACUAUUGCCAACAAUGACAUUGAUUUUGUGAUCAGGAUAUCAGACCGUGGUGGCGGGAUCCCUCACAAUAUAAUUGAAAAGGUGAUGGACUACCACUUCAGCACAGCUGAGGAGAGUGCACAGGACCCACGCAUGAGCAACCUCUUUGACAGCAUUACCAACAGUGGAAACCAGUCCAGUCCUAUGCAUGGGUUUGGCUUCGGCUUGCCCACGUCUAGGGCCUAUGCCGAGUACCUGGGCGGCUCACUGUCCGUCCAGUCUAUGCAGGGCAUCGGCACUGACGUCUACCUGCGCCUGCGCCACAUCGACGGCAAAGGAGAGAGCUUUAGGGUGUAAAGGUCCCCACAGGUCAUGGAGCAGAUCCCAGCCCUGGAGUCAGAUCAUGCAGAAGUACAGACAGUUUCCCCAUCAGGAAGGCUGGUAUGGAGCAUCUGACCUCAGUCCACAUGGCAGCCUCCACAGUGCUCUGUCAGAAAGCUACUACCAACUCCACUGCUUGUUCAUAUUUUUCUAGACUUAUAAGCUAUGUUAGCUAAGUUCAGAUUUUAUUUCAUUUGUUUUCUUUUUGCGUCUCGUUCUCUGUGGCUUGGUGUCUUGAUGGGUGUUCGAACUUUUGAAUGUUUAGAAAAUCGGGACAAGCUGUGCAUGAUCACAGACACUGAUGGAGAAGGAUUAAAAAAGAGCUUCAGUUUUAAAGAAGUUCCCUUUAAAGUUACUUGUCACAUAGCCUCAAAAUAGGAGUAGACAUUUUGGUAGGUAGAGGUUUAAAUUCUAACUUCUGAGACACUCCGGCAACCCUGUCAAGACGUCGUCACUCUAAAGCUGCUCGCGUUGUCAUUUUAUAGCAUUUCAAUUCAUCCGUUCAUCUUCAUUGUCCUGCUGUGAUAGCUGCCAGGCCUGUAAACCCUAACCCUCAGCAACCGUUGGUGACAUGUUUAGCUGCCAAAUCACCAAAAGAUCAUUAACAGAGUUCAGUUUAUUGUUUUUCCAGCUGGGUUUUUGCAGCGCUUUCAGUCAAGGGAAGCCAGCAAAGAUGUUCAGUUGCCUUAUUAUGUGAUGCAAGUCUUUCAGCUGCAUGAUUUACCUUUUCUGAUGCCUUUUGUUGGUUCACACACACACACAUGCACACUGUGUUAGUUUCAAUAGUUUGAUGUCAAAUGUUUUUGCACAAUGAAUAGAUUUCUGGUUGUAUUGCUCAGCGCUUAAACCAAUCUUUGUUUUUCACUUUACUGUGUUAUACUAUACUUUACUGUAACUUUCAGAGUAACAAUAUACCAGAGAAGUAUUAUUGUCCUUUUGCUGUCUUACUUUGACUUUAGUCUUUUUCAGAACGUGCAUCAGGUUCAUGUUUGCUGUUUUUUGUAAUUACGCUAAAAAAAGAUCAGUGAUAGAAGCUUUGCACUGUACAGUUUCAGCAGUUUAUACCAGCUAAGGUUGCUAAUCAAAAAAAAAUAAAACAUACCUGAAAAUAUUAGCAAUCUGGCAUCUUUAAGGUUCCAGUAGGUUUUAUAAAUUAAAAAGUACAGUGCAACGAACAUGAAGGCAAGGCUCAAAAUGUGCCCCUACACAUUAGAAGCUCAAGCUUGUUUCACAUUUGUUGGACAUUCCUGAGUGGGCACCAGCAACAAAUCAACCUUUAAGCUAUAGUUAUACUCGUCUCAGUCGGGAACACUUGUUACCUUGUGUUGUUGUUUUCUCUGAAAGGGCAUUAGGAGCCUCAAGCUGUUACUCACAGGGUGGGAAAUGUAUGAACACUCAUCAGAACGUUUUUUAAACCUUUUACUUUUCUUGACUCCAGGAGAGAUCCAGCUUGUAAAUCUCUUUGGUCUGGAGCUUUAAUUCAGAGCUGUACUUCAGCAACACACACAUUGUAUAAAUCGCUGAAUAGUAAAAUAAAACACUUUUGUAUUUAUUAAUCAUUAAAAAAAAGGUUAAAGGUGGCUUGUAAAUAUGGGAUCUGUCUGCCUUCUACUGGCUGAACAAGAGAAGUGCAGGAAGAUUAAAAAAUAUUGCAUUAAUACAGUGCUUACACAUUUUAGUUCAUGGGAGAAUUUACAACAUAAUCAUUGAUUUGUAUGUUCCAAAUUAUAUUUUUGAGUUGGUUACUACAGGUGGAAAUGAAGAUUGAUGAUCUCAUCUCUGGCACAAAGUCAAGUUUUGGGAUGUUUCUGACAAAGUGUUGCCACGGAGUAUCUCAUCUCCCAGACUAAAAUUAAUUUCUUUUUUCUGUUGUUUAUUACCGUUAAGACAUUAAAUCCCUUUCAACUCUGAGUUAUCUUUAUUCCUAACUCACUUGUGUAAAUGCGAAUGACUCUACAGCCUAAACUAGUGCUUAUUAACAGCUUUGUGUACAGGAUGGUAGAUGAACAGUAAACAGUUACAUGUAUGUACCCUCAAGGAUAGGAAUAAAAGAGAAGACAAUAAAGCAGGAUACUGGGAACAUAAA